CCGUGGUGCUGAGCGCGCGGCUCGGCGUCGGCGCGGCUCCAGGCCUGGCUGAGGCCGCGUCUUGCGACACUCCCGGCCCCCGCGCAGCCGCGGUGCAGGCAGCAUGGAGCUGAAGAGGGGAAAGACUUUCAUCAAAUCCAGCCUGCACGUCUCCCACGAGCAGCCCGCGGGCCCAGCCGCCCCCGCCCCCGCCCGGCACGACGCAGGCCCCGACUCGGUCUCGCUGGGGACGCAGCAGCAGGCCCCGGGCGGGCGAGGCCCCCACGCCGGUCCCAGCGCCCACGCGUGCCUCAGGGGCUCCAGCAAGGCGGCACAGCCAGACCCCGAGGGGGCAGCCCCUUUCAAACUGCUGCGGAAGAGCAAGACCCCCGACAGUGGGCCGGGGGCCGGCAGGGCAGCACCGCCGGGGCACCUGGUGGGCAGUGCCAGCUUCCCGGGGCCCUCGGGCAGCCAGCGCAUGAUCGAUUACCGCCACUCGGUGCCGCAGGCGCCCUUCGUGCCGGCCGUGGCCAAGAGCCUGCCGAGGAAGAGGGUCUCCCUGAAAAGGCCCAAGAAGUGCUUCCGGAGCCUGUUCCACCUCCGCAGAAGCAAGACGGAGACGCCGGCCUCGCCGGGAAAGAGCCCGCCCUCGCCCGGGAGCCCUUCGGGGUCCGGAGGGCGGCGGGGCCAGGCCUUCCCCUGGGGCGAGGGCCUGUGCCAGGACCUGUCCGACGGCGAGGUCCUGCCCGACGCCCCUUAUGACCUCUGCAGGGCCCUCUGUGAGGACGUGGCCUCGCUCAAGAGCUUCGACUCCCUCACGGGCUGUGGGGAGAUCUUCGCGGACGAGAGCUCGCUGCCGCCGCUGGAGCUGGACGGGGGCCUGCCGGGCGCAGCCCGGGCGUCGCAGGCUGCGGAGAGCAAGGCGCCCAGGGGCCCCGCGCAGGACCAGCUGCCGCCACCCGCCCCGAACGAGGUGGCCGACUUGGCCAAGUUCUGGGACAACGUGAAUCACUCCGUGAGGCAGCAGCGGCGUGCCCUGCUGGGCCCGCGGCCUGAGGGGCCCCCGGGGACGGGACUGGCCCAGCUCCCACUGUGGCCCUGCCGGGACCUCCUGGGCGGCUCCAAAGCCAGUUCCACAGACACGGGCACCCCCAAGAGCGACCAGCCAGAGUCCCUGUCCACGAGUGACGAGGGCUACUACGACGCCUUCUCCCCGAGCCUGGAGGAGGACAGGCAGGGCGCCCCGAGCCCCGGCACCCCCGCCGCCGCCUUCCCGCGGGAGAGCUACAGCGGAGACGCCCUCUACGAGCUCUUCUGCGACCCCAGUGAGGGCCCCGCGGGCCCCGGCCUGGACGAUGGGGACCUCUGUGUGUCGGAGAGCCUGUCGGGGCCGGCCCUGGGGGCGCCGCGGUCCAUGUGCAGCUUCCACGUGGGGGCGGACGAGAACCUGGCCCCAGGGCCGGGCCCCGACCUGCUCAGCCAGGGCUUCUCGCAGAGCUCCUGGAGGGGCAAGGAGUGCCUGCUGAAGCUCUGCGACACGGAGCUCGCAGUCACCAUGGGCGUGGUCAACUGGCUGCGACGCGGCCCCGAGCUCCGGGCCCCGCCCACCUGCGCGGCGCCCCUGCUGCGGCGGCCGGCGGCGAGGCCGGGAGCGGACUCGGAGAAGAAAGGGCUGAGUCCAGGGCGGGAGGGCGGGGCGGCUGGGGCCCCGGACGCCGGUGCAGGUGCGGCCGCAGCGGGCUCGGCGCCGGGCGGGCAGGAGCCGUGGGGGCGCUCGGGUACCAGGGGCCCCCUCGCUGGAGAGAGCGAGGCGCUAGCAGCGGCCGCGCGGGGUGCCGGCUCUCCGCCCAGGGACCCGCCGGCGAGGUGUGUGUGGGUCUCUGGGGAAGCAGGGGCCCGAGGCGGCCUUGAAGGCCAGUUCUCUCCCGCGGGGCCUGCAGCCUCGGUGACGCCAGACGCUGCCAGCAAGGACGAGGUCAUAACUCCCCUCGCCUGGCCACACUCCCAGGAGCCACCUGGGAACGCGGGGUGUCCCCGAGACUGGCGGAGGCCUGGUCUCGGGGGAGGCCCUCCGCAGGUGGAGGCCGCACUGGCAGGCUGCGCGGCCCAGGUCGCGGCCCUGCAGAUCCGCCCGGAUAGCGAGCCCCGGGCCGCGCAGCCCCCUCGGCCGGACACUAGCAGCUGCUGUGGACCACCGUGCGGGCGGCCUCAGGACGGGGACACACACGCAGUGCAGCCGCAGUGGCCCGACAGCCCCUCCGUGGCCAGCCCGCCCCAUGGCCCGCAGGCUCCCAAGCGCCCCGGCCUCGUCCUGGACCUGCCGCGGCCGGGAGAGCGGCCUGCCCAGUCCCGGGCCUCCGCGCAGGGCCAGCACCUGUAGCUGCCCUGGACGGCCCCGGGGGCCAGGGGACUCGGAAUGCCCUCAGCCGCCGCCCUGCCUGGGCCCCUGGGGCCGCCGGCCAGGACCCCCUCCAAAGCAGGAGGAGAGAGCCCCCCGCAAAGCGGCAGCAGCUUCCUGUCCCCCUGGGGCGUCCCUGCAGCCAGCCCGAGGCAGGGGCUCUCAGGCUGGCCUUGUGGUCACCAGGAGCUGCAUCUUCAAGGCCACCAUCAGGAGAACCUAAGACCAAAAUCUCAUCUUUUGUCCCCAACGUGACAACUGUGUUGGGGGACACGGUGGCAGGGCAGAGCCCAGGAGAGUGGGGCACGGUGUUUUGUCUCGGAGGAAACUGCGCCGGAACCCCUGGGCUCAGGCAGAGCAGGCUCAGCAGCCCAAGGCCAAGGGCCCUCCCAAGUGCCCGCUGGUGUCCCCACAAGGCAUGGAGGAGCCCGGAGCCAGGCUGCCUGAGAAGCAGCUGCGCCUGGCGGUGCCGCCACCGCAGGCCGGAGAGGAGCCUGGGCUUGGAGCUGACGGGAAGGAAACUCUGCGUGCCGGGAACGGGGAGGGCAGCUGCCGAGGAGCUGGAUGGGGGGCGGGAAUCAUCAGUGGGUGAGUGUGGGGUCCGAGGCUCGGGGUGGCGGAUGCUCAGGGUGGACGCCAGGUGAGGGGCGGCCGCGGGUGAGCCUGGGAGUGCCCGCCGGCCCGCUCUCCGCCCGGACCCCGCAGCCGCAGUGGCCUGGGAGCCUCAAGGGGCUUCUUCAUGGGGACACGAAGCAGAACCAGCUCCGUCUCAGUGAGAGCCUUGACAGAGCCAGGCCCACCGUCUCUGCGCCGCCCGGCCUCCCGUCCUGGCCAGCAGGUGUUGCCGAAGCGUCUGUCAAAGGCUACCCCUGAAAACAAUGUCUUCGCCCAGCCGGCGCUCCAAGGGGAGCCACGACACAGAAUGCUGUUUGGGAACAACAGGCAUUGCCCUCGUCCCCCGUCCCCAAAAGCCCCGACACACACAGGGCACCGGGCCCUCAGAACAGGGGAGGGAAGGGGGUCCGGGGCCCCUGGGAGGGCAGGCCUCAGUCCUGGCCUGUGUUUGGGAUGCGAGGCACGGAGCCCCCCUUGGCCAACACACGCGGUGGGACGUGAAGGGUAGGUCGCCGCCGCAGGCAGCCCGGGAGCGGGUUUCUAUCCAGGGUGGCCAGCGCAGGCCGGGGUGUGGGUCCGGUCCGGGACACAGCGGGGCGCCGCAGACCCAAGGCCCGCCCGAGGCUUUGUUUCAGGUGAGGAAACGCCUGCAGCCCUCGGUAGAAAGUCCUUGGCGGGGCUGGCUGUGUGCGGGACGCAGGUGGCACCGGUCACCGCAAAGGCUUCCAUCAAGGCUCCCUGCAGGCCCACCCAGACCCGGACCACGAGGACGACAGCCAGGGCCAGCCUGCCC